GCACCCAGGCCUGACCCACCCGCUCCAGCCCCCUCCCCGGCUCCAUGGCGAGGACGGACCCCUGACGGCGGGCACCCGCGGGCCGGAGGAGACGCCGCCGGGCACGGCCCAGGGAAAUGCCCUCGGUAGCCCUGACAGCAUCGGGUCCUGUCCUGGCCCUGCCGCCGCCCUGAGCAUCCCGUCCCCCCACCCCAAGGGCAAGGAGAGGCAGCCAAGAUGGUGAUGUCCCAGGGCACCUACACCUUCCUCACCUGCUUCGCGGGCUUCUGGCUCAUCUGGGGGCUCAUCGUGCUGCUGUGCUGCUUCUGCAGCUACCUGCGGCGGCGGGUGAAGCGGCAGCAGGAGGAGCGGUUGCGGGAGCAGAGCCUGCGCGCGCUGGAGCUGGAGCCGCUGCACUAUGAAGGUUAUGGGGGCAGCCCCCCCGGCAUCGCCAUUCCCCACCGCCUCCGCCUCGAGCCCCACCAUCAUCACCCCCACCACCACAUCCCACCCCCCCGACCCUGGAGCUGCCGGCACGGGGUCCGGGGGGGUCUUUGCCUUGCAGAGUCAGACCUGUCGAAGCCGCCGUGUUACGAGGAAGCACUACUGAUGGCGGAGCCCCCCCCGCCGUACAGCGAGGUGCUGAUGGACACGCGGGGGCUCUACCGCAAAAUCAACGCCCCCUUCCUGAGCCACGAGCGGCUGGAGAAGCAGGAGCAGCCCCCCAGCUACAAACCCCUUUUCCUGGACGCCGGCUACGGCUCGGCGCUGCACCUGCCCCGCUCGGCCAGCCCAGGCCCUGCCUGCCCGGACCUCUACCUGCAGGCAGAGUGCUCCCCCCGCAUGUUUCCCAGCUGGACGGACUCGGAGCUCAGCAGCAGGGACACCUACGAGCCGGGACCCUGGCACCUCCCGGUCUCCAUGCCCCUCUUCGGCAGGACUACCGCUGUCUAACGGCGGCCCCGAGGGACCCCCGGACCUUGCUGCGGGUGCCCCUCUGGCACCAGGGAG